GCCAAACUGUCCUUGAAUCAGUUCAUUAGGGGUAGGGGUAAAAUCGUCCAGGUUUAAAUAACACUAUUUGGCCGAUCAAUUUAAUUAUUUAAUCACUAGACUUGGGAUUCUCCGUAUACAAAAUUUGUCCUUUCCAAUUCCUCAAUGCCAUUUGUUCUUCAGCCAACUUCUUCCACAACACACAAAUACACACACUACCACACCUCCAAGAAACACACACAAAACAAUUCAAUCAAUGGACCUCAAAAUCGAUCAAAACGACGUCGCAACUCUCAUCAACCUACAAACAUCAUACUCCAAUCUCAAAACCCUCAUGAAAACCUCCCUCAAAAUCGACGCGCAAUACGAAAAGAUGGACGAAAAGUUCGACGCCAUCGAAGAGAGCUUAAGCACAGCCUCGAAAAGAAUAGCGCCACUACAAUCUCUGUCAAUAGCAACAAAAGCUCUGGACACAAGAAUAAACCGCGCAAUAUCCCCGGCCCUAGCCCUUCUAGAAGGUUUCGAACUCGCCGAAACCCUCCAACGUAAGCUUCUCAAAAUAGCCUCGAAGCUUCUAUCGGAGAAGAAAAACCCUAAGAAGAGGUUGAAGAAGCUCAUCGAGUACGUGGACUGCAUGAACGAGUUGAACGAGUCGAUCAACCGGAUCGGUGACGAGACCGGACCGGCGAUCCAGAAGCUUCUAGAAGUUGUGGAGUUCUUGAGCAGGACUAAAGCGACCGAUUAUUACAGGACGGAGCGUCUUAGGGAGACGCUAAUCACGCUUAAGGCUGUUUCGGAGGCUGAGGUGGAUUCGAUGAGAUUCGAUGGGGUUUUGGAUGAAGCUUUGUUGAAUUUGCAGGAUGAGUUUGAGGGUUUGUUGAUGAGAUUAAGGCAUCGGAUUAGUGUAACUAAUGACGAUUAUGAUAAUGGUAAUGAUGGUGAUUAUGGUGUUAAUGAGGGUUUGGGAAGUGAUUUGGAAGUUGAGGUACUUGGGAAAAUUGCUGAGACUUUGGCUGCUAAUGAUUGUUUGGAUAUAUGCAUUGACAUCUUUGUUAAGGUAAGAUACAGAAGAGCAGCCAAAGCACUAAUGAAACUAAAUCCAGACUACCUCAAAACCUACACCCCGGAACAAAUCGACGAAAUGGAGUGGCAAAAUCUGGAACAAGCAAUUUCUCUCUGGAUAAAGCACUUCCACCUCGCCGUCGAAACAGUCCUCCUCUCCGAAAAAACCCUCUCCAAACAAGUCCUAUCAAACACCACCAUUGCUGCAGAUCUAUGGCCAGAGUGCUUCGUCAAGAUCGCCGACAAAAUCAUGGCCGUCUUCUUCCGCUUCGGCGAAGGAGUUUCUAGAAGCAGCAAAGACCCCCACAAGCUCUUCAAGCUUCUAGAAACUUUCGACUCCCUCGAAAAUCUCAAACCUAAAUUCUUCGACGUUUUCGACGGGGAGUUUUCCGGUGCAGACAUUCGCUCCCGUUUUCGAGAACUCGAGAAACUACUAGUCCACGCGUCGACCAGAGUGUUUUACGAGUUCGGCUUGAAGAUCGAAGGCGAUAUUCACGACGGUUUGGCUUUAACUCCUCAAGAUGCCUCGGUUCCGAAGCUGGUUAGGUACGCGGUUAACUACCUCAAGAACUUAACCACGGUUAGUUAUAGCUCGCCGAUGGGUAAAGUGCUCGAGAUCGAGCACCUUUGGAAAAACGGGACCCUUUCAUCGGAAAACGAAUUAAAUGGUCAAGAUUUGUUCAAGGAAGCGGUUUCCAAUGUGAUGGAGGCUAUACAGAGGAAUAUCGAGUCGAAGAAAUUGCGUUUUAAAGAUAAAGUGCUUGCGCAAAUAUUUGCGAUGAAUACGUAUUGGUACGUGUACAUGAGGAGUCGAAAUAGUGAGCUCGUGAAAUUAUUGGGGGAGGAUUAUAUGAAGAGUAGAUACAGGCAUGCAGCUGAGGAAUCGGCUUACUUGUACCAGAAGCUAGCUUGGGGUAGUUUGGUAAAAUUGCUGGAUGUUGGAGAAGAGAUUAGGGGGGGUAAUAGUAAUUAUGAGAGAGUUGGAGGACUUGUGAGGGAAAAAAUGGAGAGUUUUAUGGUUGGAUUUGAUGAGAUUUGUAAGAGGCAUAAUAUGAGUGGUUUUGAGAUUGUUUGUGAUGCUGAUUUGAGGGAGCAGAUGAAGGAUGCUACUUUGAGGUUGGUUUUGCCGGUUUAUACUGAGUUUUUCGAUAAGUACGAGCCGGUUUUGGUAAAGUUGAAAAUUACGCAUUUGCCCCCCGAAUCGGUUGAGGCAAUGUUGAGGGGGGUUUUUGAGGGGGGUGGUGGUGAUCAAGGGGGUAGUGAUGGAAAAUCGAAUCUUGUUGGACGGAGUGGAUCGAACGACCGGAUUGAUCGGAGGGUGGUCGUUGAUCGGAAGCGGUUUGGGAAAGAUAAUCGACGGUUGGAAUUCGAUAAUAGUGAUUUGUGAAUUUUGAAAAAAAAAAUGAUUCCUAUUAAGU